CGCUGGUUUUGUGCUGAGGGCUUUCCCAGAGGCGCCGCUGAAGAGACUGGCGGGGCUCUGGCCAGCCCGAGGGUUGGAGACACACACCGAACCCCCCAGACCUUACUUGGGGUGGAGCAAAGGGGCGGCCGGCGAGGCGUGAGGGCCGCUGAGGGAUGGAGUCCGCCCGGGAGGAAGGGGCGAGCCCUGCCCGGGGGCGCUGAGGGGCUGAGACCGCGGAGGCUCCGCGCCCGCCGCCGCCGCCGCCGCCGGGAGUCGAGCGCAGCCCCGAGGCCGGGCCCCAGCCCGGCGGCCCCUCGGAGCCCCGGGGACGAGAUUUUCCAUUCUGCCCGCGUUGGGAUUAAUUCAUCGCGGGGCAGUGGGGCUGGUCGGCUGCCUCCAGAGCUGGGCAGCCCUCAGGGGCUUUUUUUUUUUUUUUUUUUGUCUGGCUGCUCUGGCUCCCUUUCCCCUUCCUCCUCCUCCAGAUGCCUUUUUUCUGCCCCUCCUCGCCCGGCACAGACGUUUCCAGCGCAGGCUGCGGCUCGCGGGGGCUGUCGGGGGCGCUUCCCGGGAUCUGGGCUCCCUGCCCUCGGGGGCUGCGAGGAGGGACAUUUCCCCCCAGCUCCUCGAUGGGAUUUUCCUGGCUGGUCGAAAUGGACUUUCAUUGAUUCUUUUUACUUCCUCAACGUUUAGCAACCAAUUCUCUAGGCGUAUGUUUGUGCUAGUUCCCCCUUUUUUUUUCUCUCCCCUUUUCCCCUUCUCUCAAACACAUAAUCUGUAAAAAUGGAGAACGAAAUUUUUACCCCCCUAUUGGAGCAGUUCAUGACCAGCCCCUUGGUCACUUGGGUCAAAACGUUUGGACCUCUGGCUGCAGGAAAUGGGACCAAUCUGGAUGAAUAUGUGGCUUUGGUGGAUGGAGUCUUCCUGAACCAGGUCAUGCUUCAAAUUAAUCCUAAAUCGGAGAGUCAGAGAGUUAAUAAAAAAGUCAACAAUGAUGCAUCACUCAGAAUUCAUAAUUUAUCCAUUUUGGUGAAACAGAUAAAAUUUUAUUACCAGGAGACUUUGCAGCAAUUGAUUAUGAUGUCUUUGCCAAAUGUCUUGGUUAUUGGCAAAAAUCCAUUUUCUGAACAAGGCACUGAAGAAGUUAAAAAACUGCUUUUGCUCUUACUGGGUUGUGCAGUUCAGUGUCAGAAAAAAGAAGAGUUUAUUGAAAGAAUUCAAGGAUUAGAUUUUGAUACAAAAGCAGCAGUUGCCGCACAUAUUCAAGAGGUAACCCACAAUCAGGAAAAUGUGUUUGAUCUGCAAUGGAUGGAAGUGUCAGAUAUGUCUCAGGAGGAUAUAGAACCACUCUUGAAAAAUAUGGCAUUGCAUCUGAAAAGACUUAUAGAUGAGAGAGAUGAACAUUCAGAGACUAUCGUAGAACUCUCUGAAGAGCGAGAUGGACUUCAUUUUCUACCCCAUGGCACUUCAUCUGCACAGUCACCCUGUGGUUCUCCAGGCAUGAAGCGAACAGAAAGUCGACAGCAUCUGUCAGUGGAACUGGCAGAUGCUAAGGCUAAGAUAAGAAGGCUUAGGCAGGAACUGGAGGAAAAGACUGAACAGUUGUUGGACUGCAAACAAGAACUUGAACAAAUGGAAGUAGAAUUUAAAAGGCUACAACAAGAGAACAUGAAUUUGCUUUCGGAUGCUCGUUCUGCUAGAAUGUACCGAGAUGAAUUGGAUGCACUUCGAGAGAAGGCAGUAAGAGUUGAUAAACUUGAAAGUGAAGUCAGUAGAUAUAAAGAGAGACUACAUGAUAUUGAAUUUUAUAAAGCAAGAGUUGAGGAAUUAAAAGAAGACAAUCAAGUUUUAUUAGAAACAAAAACUAUGUUGGAAGAUCAACUAGAAGGAACUCGAGCUCGUUCUGACAAAUUACAUGAAUUAGAAAAAGAGAAUUUACAACUAAAGGCUAAACUGCAUGAUAUGGAAAUGGAACGAGACAUGGAUAGAAAAAAGAUUGAAGAAUUAAUGGAAGAAAAUAUGACUUUAGAAAUGGCCCAGAAACAAAGUAUGGAUGAAUCAUUACAUCUUGGCUGGGAGCUGGAACAGAUAUCCAGAACUAGUGAACUUUCUGAAGCACCACAGAAAUCCUUGAGCCAUGAAGUAAGUGAAUUGACAUCAAGUAGAUUAUUAAAGUUGGAGAUGGAAAACCAGAGUUUGACAAAAACUGUAGAAGAGCUUCGUAGUACUAUGGAUUCUGUAGAAGACAGCACUUCCAAAAUACUGAAAAUAGAAAAAGAAAAUCAAAGACUGAAUAAAAAGGUUGAAGUUCUUGAAAAUGAGAUUAUUCAAGAAAAGCAAAGUCUUCAAAAUUGUCAAAAUUUAAGCAAAGAUCUAAUGAAGGAAAAAGCUCAGCUUGAAAAAACAAUUGAAACACUUAGAGAAAAUUCAGAGAGACAGAUUAAAAUAUUGGAACAGGAAAAUGAACAUCUGAAUCAAACAGUGUCUUCUUUAAGGCAGCGUUCUCAGAUCAGUGCUGAAGCAAGGGUAAAAGACAUUGAAAAAGAAAAUAAAAUUCUCCACGAAUCUAUCAAGGAAACAAGUAGCAAGCUAAGCAAGAUUGAAUUUGAAAAAAGGCAAAUUAGAAAAGAAUUAGAACAUUAUAAAGAAAAAGGAGAACGAGCAGAAGAACUUGAAAGUGAGUUGCAGCAUCUUGGAAAAGAAAAUGAAUUGUUACAGAAAAAGAUAACCAAUUUAAAAAUUACUUGUGAAAAAAUUGAGGCCUUAGAACGAGAAAAUUCAGAGCUAGAAAGAGAAAAUAGAAAAUUAAAAAAAACAUUGGAUAGCUUCAAAAACCUUACUUUUCAGUUAGAAUCCUUAGAAAAAGAAAAUUCCCAACUUGAUGAGGAAAAUUUAGAACUUCGACGAAAUGUGGAAUCUUUGAAGGGUGCAAGUAUGAAAAUGGCUCAGCUACAAUUAGAAAACAAAGAGUUAGAAAGUGAGAAAGAACAACUUAAGAAAGGUUUGGAGCUCAUGAAAGCAUCUUUCAAGAAAACAGAACGUUUGGAAGUUAGCUACCAGGGAUUAGAUACAGAAAACCAAAGGCUACAGAAAGCUUUAGAAAAUAGCAAUAAAAAAAUCCAACAAUUAGAAAGUGAACUACAAGACUUAGAGAUGGAAAAUCAAACAUUGCAAAAGAACCUAGAAGAAUUGAAAAUAUCUAGCAAGAGAUUAGAACAGCUAGAAAAAGAAAAUAAAUCAUUAGAGCAGGAAACAUCUCAACUGGAAAAGGAUAAGAAACAAUUGGAGAAGGAAAACAAGAGACUCCGACAACAAGCAGAAAUAAAAGAUAUCACAUUAGAAGAAAAUAAUGUGAAGAUUGGAAAUUUGGAAAAAGAAAACAAAACUCUUUUUAAAGAAAUUGGUGUAUACAAAGAAUCUUGUAUUCGUCUCAAAGAAUUAGAAAAGGAAAAUAAAGAGCUUGUGAAAAGAGCAACUAUUGAUGUAAAAACUUUGGUUACAUUACGUGAGGAUUUGGUCAGUGAAAAAUUGAAGACUCAACAAAUGAACAAUGAUCUUGAAAAAUUAACUCAUGAGCUUGAGAAGAUAGGGUUAAAUAAAGAACGCCUCUUACAUGAUGAACAAAGUACUGAUGACAGUAGGUACAAACUUUUGGAAUCAAAGUUAGAAUCUACUCUUAAGAAAUCUCUUGAAAUAAAAGAAGAAAAAAUUGCUGCUUUAGAAGCUCGAUUAGAAGAAUCCACAAAUUAUAACCAGCAAUUGCGACAAGAACUUAAAACAGUGAAAAAAAAUUACGAAGCACUCAAACAGAGACAAGAUGAGGAAAGGAUGGUGCAGAGCUCUCCUCUAGUAUCCAGAGAAGAUAACAAAUGGGAACGAGAAAGUCAAGAAACAACUAGAGAGCUUCUUAAAGUUAAAGACAGAUUAAUUGAAGUAGAGAGAAAUAAUGCUACAUUGCAAGCAGAGAAGCAAGCAUUGAAAACCCAACUGAAGCAACUCGAAACCCAGAACAAUAAUUUACAGGCCCAGAUUCUUGCACUUCAGAGGCAGACUGUGUCAUUACAGGAACAGAAUACCACUCUUCAAACCCAGAAUGCCAAGCUUCAGGUUGAAAAUUCCACCCUUAAUUCCCAGAGUACCUCACUUAUGAACCAGAAUGCACAACUCCUAAUCCAGCAGUCAUCCUUAGAAAAUGAAAAUGAAUCUAUAAUCAAAGAACGAGAAGACUUGAAAUCUCUCUAUGAUUCUCUGCUCAAAGAUCAUGAGAAGCUGGAACUUCUUCAUGAACGUCAGGCCUCAGAAUAUGAAUCUCUCAUCUCUAAACAUGGAACUCUGAAAUCUGCCCACAAAAAUCUUGAAGUGGAACAUAAAGACCUUGAAGACCGUUACAAUCAGUUGUUAAAACAGAAAGGACAAUUGGAAGAUUUGGAAAAAACACUCAAAAUAGAACAGGAAAAAAUGCUUCUUGAAAACAAAAAUCAUGAGACAGUAGCCGCAGAAUACAAGAAACUUUGUGGUGAAAAUGAUAGGUUAAAUUAUACAUAUAGUCAGCUUUUAAAAGAGACUGAAAUUUUACAAACUGACCAUAAAAAUUUGAAAAGCCUCCUAAAUAAUUCUAAACUGGAACAAACAAGAUUAGAAGCUGAAUUUUCGAAGCUUAAGGAACAAUACCAACAGCUGGAUAUCACAUCCACCAAGCUAAAUAACCAGUGUGAGUUGCUCAGCCAACUUAAAGGAAACUUGGAAGAAGAAAAUCGACAUCUACUAGAUCAAAUUCAGACACUAAUGCUUCAGAAUAGAACACUAUUGGAACAAAAUAUGGAAAGCAAGGAUCUUUUUCAUGUAGAACAAAGACAGUACAUUGAUAAGUUAAAUGAAUUAAGACGACAGAAGGAGAAAUUAGAAGAGAAAAUUAUGGAUCAAUACAAGUUUUAUGACCCAUCUCCUCCUAGAAGGAGAGGCAACUGGAUUACCCUAAAAAUGAGAAAAUUGAUAAAGUCCAAGAAAGAUAUUAACCGGGAACGUCAGAAAUCUCUAACAUUAACACCUACCCGCUCAGAUUCCAGUGAAGGAUUUCUUCAACUGCCCCAUCAAGAUAGUCAAGAUAGUUCUUCAGUAGGGUCAAAUUCUUUAGAAGAUGGACAAACUCUUGGGACCAAGAAAAGCAGCAUGGUUGCACUGAAAAGACUGCCCUUUUUGAGGAACAGACCGAAGGAUAAAGACAAAAUGAAGGCCUGCUACCGUCGUUCCAUGUCCAUGAAUGACCUGGUGCAGUCCAUGGUCCUAGCAGGAGGACAGUGGACAGGUAGUACUGAGAAUUUGGAGGUUCCUGAUGAUAUUUCAACGGGUAAAAGGAGAAAAGAAUUGGGAGCUAUGGCCUUCUCUACUACAGCCAUCAACUUUUCAACUGUCAACUCUUCUGCAGGCUUCAGAUCCAAGCAGUUGGUUAAUAAUAAAGAUACUACAUCCUUUGAAGACAUAAGUCCACAAGGUAUUAGUGAUGAUUCUAGUACGGGAUCAAGAGUUCAUGCGUCAAGACCAGCCAGCCUUGAUAGUGGCAGAACAUCCACUAGCAAUAGCAAUAACAAUGCUUCACUCCAUGAAGUCAAAGCAGGUGCAGUUAAUAACCAAAGCAGGCCACAAAGCCACAGCAGUGGAGAAUUUAGCCUGCUUCAUGAUCAUGAGACUUGGUCCAGCAGUGGGAGCAGUCCAAUACAGUACUUAAAAAGACAAACUAGAUCAAGUCCAGUGCUCCAGCACAAAAUGCCAGAAACACUAGAAAGUCGAGGACUUCAUAAAAUUAAAACUGGUUCCCCUGGGAGUGAAGUUGUUACUCUACAACAGUUUUUGGAAGAAAGCAACAAGCUUACCUCAAUACAGCUAAAGUCCUCAAGUCAAGAGAAUCUUUUAGAUGAAGUAAUGAAAAGUUUAUCUGUCUCUUCUGACUUUUUGGGAAAAGACAAGCCAGUUAGUUGUGGUCUGUCCAGGUCAGUAAGUGGAAAAACCCCAGGGGACUUCUAUGACAGACGGACAACUAAGCCUGAGUUUGUGAGACCUGGUCCUCGAAAGACUGAAGAUGCCUACUUCAUUAGUUCUACAGGAAAAUCUACACCAGGCACUCACGGAAAGAUAAAAUUAGUAAAAGAAACCUCUCUGUCACGACAAUCAAAAGAUAGCAAUCCUUAUGCCACUUUACCUCGUGCAAGUAGUGUGAUCUCUACAGCUGAAGGAACAACACGAAGGACAAGCAUACAUGACUUUUUGGCCAAGGACAGUAGACUGCCUUUGUCAAUUGACUCUCCACUGCCUACUGCUGAUAGCAACAUCACUGCAGCGUCUAGUGAGUACCAUUUACAUCAGUGGUCCUCUCACACUCUUCAUGGUCCUACUCAUGCUAAAGAUAUGCCUGAGUAUCUGUAUGACCAGGCUAGAAACUUAAGAACAAAAAGAUCACUGUUUCUAAACCAAACUUUUGCCACUGUUAAAAUACCUAAUGAUUCAUUUGGAGCAUCAGCUAAAGAUAGUAUAGAGUCUUGUACUGUGAUUCCUUCAUCUCAGCCAUUUCUAUCCUUAAACACAGAAUUAGUUAGUAAUAUAAGUGGGUUACCUCCCAGGCCCAUCACCAGAGUAACUAAUCAGGCUUCUGCUUCUUCGAGUAAAGCUGCCCAAAAAGACAAUGAACAAUUUCCUGAUAAUCAGAGCUCUAGUUAUGGUAACCCACAAUCCUCUGUAGAUAGUAAUCUUAGCAUUCCUGCAUGCCUGUGUCCUGAUGAUGCAGAAGCUGCAUUGUUGGUUUCUGAGGAUAAUCAAACUGUUUGGUAUGAAUAUGGUUGUGUGUGAUCCAAACUGCAUAAUGAUGUUACUUGAUAUGCACUCUGCUUCUUUGAAGAUUUGCUGUUGAAAACAAUCAUUUGGUUAGGCCUAUAUUUUUUAUUAAAAUUGUUGCAUAGAAUUCAGCUGUCCAUGAUGGCAUGUAUAUAAAUGUGAAUGUGUAACCACACCGAAGCCAGCAUGAAAUAUUACCUUGUAUAUUUCUGCAUGCCUUUUAAAUUCUCAAUCAUGCAUGUUCCUCUUACUAGUUUGACAUCCAAAAGCAUGCUAAAAUAGUUGCAUGUUAUAUUACCAGGAAGUCAUUUGUUUGGUUGCUUCCAAAAAGGAAUGUUUUUCUUCAAUCUUCCCACUCCCUUGUCCUUCUUUCUUGCUCUUAUUUCUUUGAUUUCCAGAAUGUGCACUUCUUGUUGCACAGUACAGUGUAAAAAAAAGUGUAAAAAAUACCUUCAUUUUUCUUUUGUCCUUUCUGUCCUGUUCUAUAUUUAACGAAGUAUUUUAUGAUUCAAAUUAAUUUUAAUUAAUGCCCAUGUUUAUAAACCAUUUGUCAGAUUUUAAACAUUGUUUUCUCAUAAAUGUAGUGUUAUUCCUAGAAAUCCUGAUCAAAUUUAAAUGUAAUUACACAGUAAUUAGGAACAUUGUACUCUUUUUAUUCUUUGUACUUCAUUUGAUAAAUACAAUAGCUCAAAUAUUAUCAUUCCUUCAAGAUGACUUAAUUAACAUGAAAUCAGUUACAUAAUAGUUUCUCCAGUUCUUUUUCUAUACGAGUCAAGAAAUAAACACUUAAUAUGUUGAGAAAUUGUAUUUACUUCU